AUGUUAAAUUAACAUUUCGUUGCUACAUCAAAUAUUAUUUCUAAUUAUUAAAUCAAAGAGACUGAUCUCGCUAAAAAACUGAGAGGAAAGGUCUUGAUUAUAAUAACUAAAAAGGGAAAAGCAGUAAACAAUAGCUCUGAGAAGUAGACUUUUCUUCUAAAAUAUUUCACCUACUAGCUGGAUCGAAUUCUCAACUCUAAGAUUGAUGAGCAAAGAUAGUUUAUCGAAAUCAAUAAUUACCAAACUGAUAAUCUGGGAUUCAAGAAAGAAGAUAAAACUUUUAAUCUGAAAACAAAGCAAAGCAGAUAAUUAAAAGAAGUGAUUAGAAAUUAAUAAGAUAAAAUAGUAGAUCAAGAAAAAGAAGAUGAAUAAUAGUCUUAGCAUGAACAUCAUAGUUAUGAAUAACCUGAUUUUAUCAAACCAACCCUGAACAUUUAUAAAACAUGA